AAUGUCAACACCCCGUGCUCCCUCCGCCCCGCCCCUCUCCCUCCCUUCCUUACUUUCCCUCAUCCCACGCCCACCCCAGCACGACAUCAGCGACAUUGUCAAACCUUCUGUAUUUUCUUCCCGCUGACUUCAUCUCGCGCCCUCUCGGUGGCGCACCACAACCCCCGAACGAAAACAGAAAUCAACCGCCUCGGCAAGCGUCUCGGGGUCCGACAGCAGGCCAUGGCGACGAGCCAGGUCUACCUCAAGCGCUUCUACACGCGGACGGCGAUCCGGCAGACGAACCCGUACCUGGUCAUGGCGACGGCGCUCUACCUGGCCUGCAAGAUGGAGGAGUGCCCGCAGCACAUCCGGCUGCUGACGCAGGAGGCGCGCUCGCUGUGGCCGUCGGACCUGCACGGGCACGACGCCGCCCGCGUCGGCGAGUGCGAGUUCUCCCUCAUCUCCGAGAUGCACUCGCAGCUCAUCGUCCACCAGCCCUACCGCCCCCUGCUCGCCCUGCAGGACGAGUUCGGCCUCACCCAGGACGAGAUGUCGCUCGCCUGGACCAUCAUCAACGACCACUACAUGACCGACCUCCCGCUGCUGCACCCGCCGCACAUCAUCGCCCUCACUGCCGUACUGCUGGCACUGGUGCUGAGGCCGAGCUCGACUAGUGCCGGGGGAGGCGGCGGCGGCGGCGGUGGGGGGAGUGGCAGCAGCAGUGGCGGCGCCGGGGGCGGGAGCAAUAACAACGCGAGUUCGUCCGCUCCUGCGGCGGCGGCGGCGGCGGCGGCGGCGGCUGGUGCGGGCGGGGUCGCGAUGGCCGCGUCGGCGUUGGCGCAGGCUCAGGCGCAAGUUCAAGCCCAAGCUCAGGCCCAGGCAAAGGCCGGCGCUAUGGCUGCCGGUGGUGGCGGCGGCGGAGGAGGAGGAGGAGGAGGAGGAGGAUCACAGUCGUCGCAGCAGCAGCAGCAGCAGCAGCAACAACAGCAACAACAUCAACAAACCUGCUUCUCACAAGGUAGCUCACAGCAAGGUGCGGGGGAGGGCACUGUGGCAGAACCCAAGAAGGCGACGGACCCGCGCCUGGCUAAGGUCCAGCGGUUCGCGGCCUGGCUGGCAGACAGCAACAUUGACAUCGAAGCCAUGGUCGACUGCACCCAGGAGCUCAUCUCGUUCUACGAGUGCCACGAGCAGUACAAUGACAAGCACACGAGAGAGCAGAUCAGCCGAUUCAUCAAAGCACGGAAUCUCGACAAAUAAGAAAGGGCCGUGAUUUCUCCCGACAGGGAAAAAAACUGAACAAGAAAGAAGAACUCAUUCCGCCGCUCCCGGUUCUCUCGGCCGACCUCCAGAAACCCGUCAUUUCUUCCAAAAGAGGACGUGUCAAUGACAACUUGCGGAUCAGGAAGAACGGC